AUUAAAAGUUAACAUUUAAAAGAAAAAGAAAAAUUUAAAACAAAAUGGUGAACUUGUUUAUCUUUUACUUUUGUGAUGAAAGAAAAUGUUUUCAUUUGAAUUUCAGUUUUGUUGAUUAAAUUGUUAUUCUAUCAUUUGUGUGUGGGUGUUGAUUGUCAAUUCUAAUUAAAGCUUCUCAACUGUUAACUUGUUUCCACUUUAAUCAAUUACGUGAUUUGGAGCAAUUAAAAUUCAUCAUCUUGUGGUUUUCUCGCAACUGGUUAAACAAUUAUCAAUAAAUCAUUAAAAGUUGCUAACCAAUAAUGUAUAAUUCUUAUGGUGGUGGUGAGGCCGGUCUGAGUGGAGAAGGUCCAUUUGAUGCUUUCUCUGAGAAAUCGGUUCGACUUGCCUUUAUCCGGAAAGUCUAUGGAAUUGUGUGUUGUCAACUGAUUGUUACAAUGGCCUUUGUUGUCUCUUUCUCGGCCAGUGAAGGUGCCAAAGCUUUUGUGGCCCAGAAUAUUUGGCUCUCUUUCGUCGCACUUGGAGGCGCUCUCAUUUCCCUCAUAACCUUGGCCUGUUGUGGAGUCCACCGUACCUAUCCGGCUAACAUUGUCUGUCUGGGCAUCUUCACACUCUGUGAAUCAUUUAUGCUCGGCAUCAUUUCUGCCAGUAAAUCAGGUCCAAUUGUGAUGUACGCUGUUAUAGUGACCACCGUAAUUGUAAUUGGUCUGACAUUAUUUGCAUUCCAAACCAAAAUUGAUUUCACCAUGUAUUCUGGUAUUAUGUUUGUCGUUCUCAUGGUUUUCAUGCUUUUUGGUUUCAUCGCAAUGUUUUUCCCUGGCAGGAUAAUCACCUUAAUCUAUUCCGGAGUGGGAACUCUCAUAUUCUCCAUCUAUCUGGUCAUUGAUACCCAAAUGAUUGUCGGCGGAAGUCAUAAGCAGCAAUUCUCCCCCGAAGAUUAUAUCCUUGCAGCUAUUACCAUUUACACUGAUAUAAUCAACAUCUUCAUCUAUGUCCUACAGCUUCUUGAUAUGUUAUCAAGAGAUUAAUCAGACUGUCAAUUAACUUAAAUUUACUUUGAUCGCGUUGUCAUAGAGAAAUCAACCCCCAAUAUAAUUCACUGUGGACCAAAAAAUAUAUCAAAUGCAGAGAUAAAUGUUGGAUAAUUUGGAUCGGUUAUCAUUCAGUUUAAAUGUUCAUUGUGAAAAAAUGGUUGAUCUCAUCAAACUAUCGAGUGUCAAAAAUGUUUAUCUAAAAGUCUUUUUUUUUCAUGGUUCCUAUUUGAUUGUUUCUCUCAUCCAUUCCAUCAAUCUAUUCAUCAUUUUCCAUCGACAAUCAAUGGAAAUUAUCUCACAUUCUAUUCUGAUCUUGUCCAUUAUUCUUCUCAAACCAACUGUAAAUAUCGUUUUGCACCAAGAUUGAUAAAUAUGAUCCAUCAAAUAAACAAUUAAAAUCAAGAAUUAACAA